GGUUUGGUUAGUAUAGUUUAUCUUCUUCGUUCACUUAAAACCCUAAGGAAAGGCCAAAACCCAGAGACUGAGAGAAUCCAUUUUCUUGAAACCGCCAUGGGUUUCGCUUUGUGCAUUCGCAGAUCAGCUUCUACUUUAGCUUCCGUGUGUGGUCGUGUGGCUCGAUCUCAGGCCGUCUCCGUCACCGUUAAUCGCUCGUCUCUUGUUCCCAAGACAUCUCUGCUUCGUCCUUUCGUCUCCCGCGGCUUUCCUUAUUCGACGGCCACUGAGCCGUUAAAGUCCGAUCAGAAGCUUCUACAAGUGAUUGACUCUGAGAUCAACGAUUCUUUUGAUGCCGAUGAUCACGAUGCGGAUGAAGAGACCAUAGACUCUAGUGACUUUCCUUUCAAAAUCGAAGAUAAUCCUGGACACAGGACUGUGAAAUUGACUAGAGAAUACAAUGGGGAACAGAUUAAAGUAGAAGUAAGCAUGCCUGGUCUUGCCAUGGAUGAAAAUGAAGAUGAUGUGGAUGACGAUGAAGAUGGUGAUGGUCGUCUUGAGAAAGCGAAUGAAUCAAGCAUUCCACUUGUUGUCACUGUGACUAAGAAGAGUGGACUCAGCCUAGAGUUUAGCUGCACUGCUUUCCCUGAUGAGAUUGUCAUUGAUGGAUUGUCUGUGAACCGUCCAGAGGAUUCUUCUCAAGAACAGUUGACUUAUGAUGGGCCAGAUUUUCAGGAGUUGGAUGAGAAUAUGCGCAAGUCGUUCCACAAGUUUCUAGAGACGAGAGGAAUCAAAGCAAGCGCAACGGAUUUCUUGUAUGAGUAUAUGAUGAAGAAAGAUAGCAGAGAGUAUUUACUAUGGUUGAAGAAGCUCAAAACCUUUGUCCAAGAAUGAAGAAGACACACUUAAGUAGAGUAAGAGCUAGAUUGUUUUAUGGUUGCAGAUUUCAUUUGUAAUGACUUUUGAGUUCACAAUGGGGUUUUGAAUGUGAAAUUCGAAUUUGAAUCUGUGUUAUCUAAAAAUUAGAAAAAAUAUAACUUA